AUGAUUGCAAAUGAUCGUGAGAAAGGAGAUUCUGUCGAUAAAGUUCAUCACAGUGAUGAUGAUCAAUCAACAAUAAUAACAUCGGAAUUAUCAUUGGAUUCAGUUUUCUUGAUUAUGGAAUUUCUUCCAUUGUCUGAUAUUCAUCAAAUGUUACUUGUUUGUAAAUCAUGGAAUCGUCUUGAAAAAUUUGAAAUUUUCUGGAAACAAAUUCUUUCUCAUUAUUUGAAAAGUCAUGAAAGAAAAUAUGAAAGUUUAUUGAAAAGUUCUCCUUCCAAGCAUCAUACCAUUGUUUAUAACACAUUGAUUGGACAAUUAAAGAAAUUUUAUGAAUUACACAUCAUCAAAGAAAGAGCUGUGAAUCGAGAAAAAUUCAUUCAAUACAUGGAACAAGAAGAAGAUUCAGAAAGAUCCAUCACAUUUGGUGCUCGCUUUAAAAAAUUAUUCAUUUCGGCCAUUCUUGCACACUUUAAUUUGAAAUUCUCUCGAACUUGGAAUAUUAUUUCGAAUCAGAAAUUUCACUAUCAUUUAGAAAAAUGGUUGUUGAGUAUUUGUAAUAUUGGUGAGAAUAGCACUUACAGAUCUGGAACUGUUUGUGAUUUGUUAUUUGAGACAUUGGAUCACAUCAUCAAAAAGCCUAAAGAUGGUUUUCUUUUUCAGUCCUUCAGAACCAAUCAACUCAUUGAAUUGACAUCUUUUAUAUUCUGUGAAUUACAAAAGAACUCGCAACAAUGCAAGUUUGAUCUCAAAAUCUUCUUGGAAAAGUUCAAUCCAAUAAUCACAGAAUCACAUUUACUUGGCUAUUUUACAUUCAUGCUCUCACCAAACACUCAACUCUAUUUCACAGAAUACGUGAAACAACCUGGUAAUUUUAUAAUUUCCAAUGACCAUACCAUCACUCAGGAAUUGCAAAUACGCUCAAUUUUCGAAAAGUUGGUGUACCAUUGUUUUCAUAACGCGAACUUGGAACCGUUGAGAUUAGCUAAAACAUUAUUUUGUGAAUUGAAUAAGUUGAAGGCAUGGCUAAAUUUCAUAACAUCUUUCCAUUCCUCUCAACUCAUUCACUGUGAUAUUCUUUGUUCGUACCAAGUAUAUACCACUAAUUAUGAAUUAUAUUGUUGCACAGUAAUGGAAUUCUUGGAAAUAAUGGAAAUUGAACAUUUAGAUGUUACUCAGUAUCAAUUUUGCUUUUUGGUAUCAAAUCUUCGUUUUAUAGAUCUGUGUGAAGACUAUUUCCUUCCAAGACAUCUUCUUAACAGUGAAGAUAUGAAAUACUUAUUUCAUGCACAUGGACAGGACAAACCACACGUUGCCAAAUACAUUUUGAAGAAAUUCGACGUUGAUAUUUAUGGUACUUCAUUGUUCAGAAACGGAAGUAGUGGAAAUAUGAUUCUCAAUUAUUUUCAAUUUCAUUAUUCCAUAAGUCCAAGUCCUUCCCAAAGUUUUGGAUAUUUAUUCACUCCUGAAUUUGGAUAUGAAACCAUUGAUCUCAACAAGUUAUUACAAACUUCCACCAUGACCAUGCAAGAUUUGAAAUUAACAAUUCGUCAUACCAUGCUUAAUCUCCUUUCAUAUGAAGACAUCGAUGAGAGUUAUGAAUUAAUUUUCACUCGUUUCAAGCCAUUGGACUUGGGAGCGCAUUUCAUUGUGCAACUCAUUUCAACCAUUCGUAAUACUUUGGAUUGGACAUUGAUCGAGAACGGUUCACAAAAAGCAAAAGCCAUUCAACUGGCCAUGGAUCAUAUUUUCGUCACCACCACCAUCACCACUACAACAACAACGAAUAAGGAACAGAAAAUGUCAUUUUCUUCCUAUUCUCAAUCCAUCAUGCAACCAAGUAUUGUGAAAGAAAUGAUUCAUGAUCCAUCACGUUUUAUGAAUUUUGAUGACACGAGUGAGCAAUAUCAUGUUGGACUGUAUUUACACGCUUUACAAUGCAUUAAGGAUUUGACUGAGCAUGCUUUUAAAGGUCAAUCUUCUCGUUGA